UAAUUUAGUAGAGAGAAACACUUCCCCAAAUAGGCACAUGAAUAGACUAAUCACAAAGUGAGAGGCAGUAGUACACAAAAGUAGAGACUGCCAUGGAAAAGAAUAAUAGUGCAGGGGGAUUAUGAAGAUUGGGGGUGUCCUCAGGGAGUGACACUUAGAUAGAGCCAUGAAAAGGAGUGGGAACUAGCCAUUCAAUGGGAAGGAGAAGAACAUUCCAGGCCAGGGAAUGACAUGAAAGAAGCCCUGGGGCAGGGAAGAGCUGAGCUUAUUUAAGGACCUCACAUGGGAAGCUAUGAAAGAAUUCUAAGCAUGUGUAUCAUUCUGUUUGUUUGUUUUAAAAGAUCAUUCUGUCUACAGUGUGAACUGAUAGAACUAGGUAGCAACAACAGAGUCAGGGAGACCAGUUAGGAGCCCAUUUCGGGGGGGGCAGAGGAGAAACUAUGCUGGCUUCCUAGUCCAAGGUUACAGGUCACAACAGUGACCAGACUAAAGUUACCUGGGGGUUACAUCUCCCCAGGUUUCUGGUCUGAGAAACUGGGCACCUGCAGGUGCCAGCACCCAAGAUGGGAAGCCCUGAAGCAGGAGCAGAUGGGAGGGGAGGGGACACUGCUCUGCUUUGGACACAUUAGGCUUCAGCUGCCUCUGAAACAUCAAAGUAGAGUUGAAGACCAGGAAAUUGUAAUAUAUAAGAAUCUGAUGCUCAGAAGAGAGGUCUGACUGAGGAUGAUUAAUUUGAGAGCCAUCAGGAUAAAAAGUGUUUUUUUUACAAAAUCAUGGGAAUGGAUGAGGCCACCCAGGGAGAAAUGCAGAGUGAAGUGGGCACAGGGCCUAGGAUUGAGCUGGGAAACUCCAACAUUUAGAGCUGGGGCAGAGGAAAAGCAGCUAGAAAGGCUGAAAGGGAAUGGCUGGAGAGGAAGAACGGAAACAUGGCAAGCCCUGUCACAUAGCAAGGAAGCAGGAGCAGAUGCCCUGUCCUGGCUUCCCCAGCGCCCCUGCCCACGGCGGACUUCUUCCAUGACCUCUGUCACCAUUGGAACCGCAGGUUCUCCCUUUCUCGGGAAGCACCCAGGAUGUGGGAACAUCGUGACCUUUGCACAAUUUUUAUUUAUUGCUGUGGAGGGCUUCCUCUUUGAAGCUGAUUUGGGAAGGAAGCCUCCGGCUAUCCCAAUAAGGUACUAUGUCAUAAUGGUAACCAUGUUCUUCACUGUCAGUGUGGUGAACAACUAUGCCCUGAAUCUCAACAUUGCCAUGCCUCUGCAUAUGAUAUUUAGAUCUGGCUCUCUAAUUGCCAACAUGAUUCUAGGAAUUAUCAUUUUGAAGAAAAGAUACAGUAUAUUCAAAUAUACCUCCAUUGCUCUGGUGUCUGUGGGGAUAUUUAUUUGCACUUUCAUGUCAGCAAAGCAGGUGACUUCCCAGUCCAACUUGAGUGAGAAUGAUGGAUUCCAGGCAUUUGUGUGGUGGUUACUAGGUAUUGCAGCACUGACUUUUGCUCUACUGAUGUCAGCAAGGAUGGGUAUAUUCCAAGAGACUCUAUACAAACAAUUUGGGAAACAUUCCAAGGAGGCUUUGUUUUAUAAUCAUGCCCUUCCACUUCCUGGUUUCAUCUUCUUGGCAUCUGAUAUUUAUGACCAUGCAGUUCUAUUCAAUAAGUCUGAAUUGUAUGAAAUGCCAGUCAUCGGAUUGACAAUGCCCAUCAUGUGGUUCUACCUCCUCAUGAAUGUCAUCACUCAGUACGUGUGCAUCCGGGGUGUGUUCAUCCUCACCACAGAAUGUGCCUCCCUCACUGUCACGCUCGUCGUGACCCUGCGCAAGUUUGUGAGCCUCAUCUUUUCCAUCUUGUACUUCCAGAACCCAUUCACUCUAUGGCACUGGCUGGGCACCCUGUUUGUCUUCAUUGGGACCUUAAUGUACACAGAGGUGUGGAGCAACCUAGGGACCACCAAAAGUCAGCCUCAGAAGGACGACAAGAAGAACUGAGGUCUGCCUGGAAUAGAGACACCAGUGUUGCAGUGAGGGAGGGAUCUGGCGAGCGUCUAGCCACCAUUUCACUUUUGUCAACGCUGAAGUACCGCCAGUAUUGAACCAAACAUAUACGAGAGAAUGCUCAGAAGGAGGGGACUUCUCAAAUUGCUCAUGGCUACACAGACCAACAUUUGUAGACUCUGAAUAGAAAUUCCUCAACCCUAAAAUAGAAAAGAGAACAGUUCUGUACUAUUGAA